AUGCUUGCAAAGUCUCUUGUUAUUUUUGGCCUUGCCGCCGUCGGCUCUUCAUUCUCCUUUCCAGAUGGCCUGCCAAAUGGGUCCUAUCGAGCCUACUACAAUGAGGUCGGCGAAGAAGUCCAUGAGCUGAUUGAAGCAAGCUCUUUCAAUAAUACAUCUUCACAACCGGCGUUGCCAAAACCCCAUUAUUCCCAAUCUAAGCGAGCGUCUAUACAGACCUGGUGCGGGUGCGACAACUCUAUGAAUGCCGGCGAUACAAAUGUUGCAAAUGCAGGGCUAGCAGACCAAGCGGCUGCGUAUCCUACUAUUUUGCCUGGCACAGCUGUCUACACAAUCCAGAACACUGCCGUUGCGUUUGUGUGCAACGUAGAUGACAAAUCUGCAAAUAUCCCCACGGACGUUGUUAGCACUGGCUCAUGGGAUGUUUCAGCAGCCUGCGGCCUAUUCUAUGCUGGUACCUCCCGCAUUCAGUGGCCUGAAGCCCUGGAUUAUGGGUACAUGAACUACGCGCCAGGCCUUGACUUCUGUCAGGAUGCCGAAGAAUCGAUUUCAAGCACUUGCCAGGUCAACUUCUGGAUUGGCGGAUUCAGUGGGGAGUUUGAGGCUGGAGCGGUUGACGAACCCAGUGAUGACAACGAAGGCGGUCUUUGGGUUGGAAGUGCACUGGACUGCAACGAUGUGUCUAUGGGAGCACCUUUCUCGGAUGAUGUCGACAAUAUCGGUGAAGAGGAAUAUAACUGGUGCAAUACUAACUUCCAGGUCCCGGGCCAGACCAACUUGAAUGUGUACAUGGGUGGCGAUGGCAACAGGUGUGGGCAAGUGUGCAACAGUGCGGACGCCUGCCCUGACGGAGGUCUUUUUGCCCAGCUGUUCAAUGCUAACGGCGGCGCACAAAUCGGCACAUGUACCUGGGACUUCUCUUGGAACACCGACUGCGUGUCUGAUGGAUCCCUGUUGUACACUUCGCUAGUCCACUGUGCUUUCACCCCGUAA